UCAGUUAGAAGAAAAUCGCGAAUAAAAAUCUGUACUAAAACGAGUUAAUUCGCUGCGAUUCUAGAAAAUUUCGUGUUACUCCCUAAAUUCGCGGGAAUUCCAUGCUAAGGGAUACGACAGAGGAAUUAAGGAUUUCGUAGAAAAAUGGAGGAGAAAACGACAAAACUUAAUAUUUAAUGAAUUGUAAAGUGAAUAUGAUUUCUUAAAAAGUGGGUUAAAUUCUGUUUAAUAUAUAAAUCUACCACCCGUUAAAAUGCCUAAAAUAAAAUCACGCAAGAUUUUUUCCACUAAAACUUCUGCUCAACCAGAAGUAGUUGAACCACCUCCAGGUCCGAAACCGUACGUCAUUGACCCAUCACCAGUUCGAAUUUCGACUAUUUCGUCAUUAGUCCACGAUGCACCAGAUCCUGACUACUCUGAAAGACCUCAAUUCGGUCGCCUUACCUUGGCCCAUUCAGCAGUCGACCUCACUGAACAUGUAGCGACAAAAUUUGAUGAAAGCAAAGAUGAUGUAGCUGCAAAGAACCUUACGCUCUCCGAGAAAUUAACAAAACAAUACAAAGAAUUUUCCGAUUUCAAAUUCAAACAUAUUUUAGGCAAAAAGACGGUUGUCCGAACCACAAGCAUUGAUAUCAACAAUUUUUCAUUCCGCCCAGAUGAUAGUUCUCCGGAAAAGUCCGAAUAUGAUUUUGAAAUUCAUUCCCUAAGGGCUCAGAAACUUGAUUCAGGUGAACUAGAUAUGGAGGAUGAUGAGAGUAUUCAAUCUAGCGGCAAUAGGAGACAGCACUGCCAAAGACAACAAAGUGCUGAAAGCCACAGAAGUUUUCAGAGUAAUAAAAGCUCAGAAAAAUCGGCUCCACUAGCAAGCGCAAAUGAGGAGGGCCCGAUUAAUGUCCAACCUAACAAGAGUAGUCUUUUUAAACAAGUUAAAACAAUGUCCAUGAAGAAAAUCGCCGACUUCUCUGAAAGACACGAAAGGUCAGAGAAACCAGAGAAAGUCGAGAAGCCCGAAAAAGCAGAGAAGUCCCAUGAAGACAGCGCAGAACCUUCUAAAAGGCCGAGUUUAUCUAAAAUCCCAUUUAAUCGACAAUCAAUAGAAGAUGCGUGUUAUCGAGCUAAAAACACAGUCUCCAAUAAGAUACAAAAACUCAAAUCUCUACAAUCGCGAGGUAGGAAUCCAGACGCAUCUGUCCAAAAACAAGACACUUACACAAAAAAAUCAGAACCUGAUAUUAUUCUGCCAAACAUUUCGUACGGUCCCAACGAUGCUGGAUAUAUAAGGAGCCUAUCACCCCAAGGGGACUCAUCCAGACCUUCAUCCCGAAGUUGGAGGCACGAAUCUGCUAAAAGAUGUUCAGAUUUAUCUAUUGGGCAUUCACGCUUCCUUCAACAUCAAGAUUCAAUUGAGAGCUUCGAUGAGGAAGUACCUUCACCAAAACAUGUACAAGUACUUAGACAUAACAUUGGUGGAAGAACCGGGGAAGGUGCAAGUAUUUCCGAUGAAUUUUCCGAAGAGGAAGGCUAUGGAUAUUUGAGAAAGGAUACUCCCAUUCAAAAUGAACCUGUUCAAGCACCCGUUCGGCGGUUUUCGCAGAAUUCCUGGGAAUCUGUUAAAAUGAAAAAAUCAGUGAAAUUGCGGAGCGACAAUGCACAGCAAAAUAUAAAAAUAGCCAGGCCUGCGCCCCCAGCGCCUGUACCUAAAACCACUGGACACAUUAGUUUUCCACUCCAACAACCAUCUAAAAUGGAAAUGAUUCGUAAGAGAUUCUCGCAGAAACAGGACGACCCAAUUCCGACUAACAAUAAUUUCGAUAUGAAUGUUUCGAAUGAUUCACUAGAUUCAGAUGCUUGGAUUCCCGAUGCAUUCAAGGGUCCCACUUACAAUCAAAUCAGCUUCGGCGUGAUCAAAGAGACAGAAGGCGCUUGGUCGACAGCUCCGAGGAAGAGGCCGAUCCUGCAGAAAUCCCGCAGCAUUGACAUAUUCAAUGCAAAUGGUGAGGAAGCGUUCGAUGAUUUUGACGAGGCUCUGAAAGAUGUACCGCCUGUAGUGAUACCAAGUCGGGGCGGGCAUAAGCAUUCGCAAAGGGCCAAGCAACAACCCAUUAUCAAGCAAAAUGCAUUGUUGAAGGAGGAAGACAAAAUCUUAACGGGAGGCACCGAGCGGAGGAGUCAAAAUUUCAAUAAAUUACUUCAACAGUUUGGAGGCAACAAUGAAAGUCGGGAAGAUAAUAACAACGAACCGGUGAGGGAGGAAUUAGGGAUUUAUGGUCGUGUUCCAUGCGUUGCUAGAAGCACGGGAGAUGUUGUAAAGCCUAUGAAAUCGCUUGCGAUUGUCUCUCAUAAACCGAUUGACAUUCAAGAUUCAGAUAUUGAGACAAUUAUGUCUAAAAUAGAACCACCGCCGCCGCAUAUAACUAUUGAGAAAGUGAUAAUUACGACGAGAACUUUGCCAAAUGAAGUGACUACUGAAGAGGAUGAUGACGAUGAAAUUUUCCAUUCGUUGGAGCGUGUUGACAACAUAAUAUACGUGCAACUAGGAGGGCUGAGUGAAACCGUGGACAAUGGUGAUCAGAUUUUAACGCUCAACAACAACAAUUUGUCGACGGUGCAGUCAAUUGGAUCGUCUGCCGAUAUCAUUGACGAACCUUCAGAUGAGGUUUUACUUCGGCUAGUCCAACGUUUAACGUCUAUCAAACAAUCUCAAAAAGACAUCUCCAGCAAUCCCUCCGACGCUCUCGCGCCAGUAGAGGAUAUCUCAACUGCUUCAGUCAAAGAGGACGAAAACCAAAACUACAAAACUGAAUGCAUUAACAUCGCAGACUGCGAAGAUUAUCACAGCAACAACAAUCACCCUCUACAAAGGCAGACUACACUUUUAUCACAUGAACUCCUGUUGGAGGAUAAAUCACGUGACGCGGAAGAAGAUAAUUCCGAGGAUGAGUUCAGCGAUGCCAGCAACGAGUUUAUAUCAUACACUAUUGAGCCUCUCAAUGAACUGAAUGGAUAUGAAAGUUUAUCGUCGAAGGAGCCCUCUCCUUGCAGUGUAGUCACAAACAACUUUAAAGAAAGUAAGAGUUUUCCAAUAAGCGACGAGGAUAGUUUUGCAGCUACAAAUGAGCAACAAGAAACAAUCGAAGAACAAUUGUUAGCUGAAAGUAAUAUGGGAUCAAAUGUUUCCCGAAAUUCCGGAAAAGGACUAACUGGGCGACGCUCACAGUCAUCUGGCAACCUUUAUUCGGACAAACGUGAACAUCAACAGAAUGGCACGAACUCGAACGGCAUCUUACCAAAUAAAGCCAGCACCUUACUUCCAGGACAAGGUGCCAAUUACAACGUAUCUCAUGCCAACAACAUAACGAAUAGCCAGAACGUGUCGGAAACAUGUCCUGGAACAUUAAUAAUGUCACCAUUAUGUGCGGUAUCGAAGAAGGAUCGAAAUAAGUUCUGUGGAAGUCUACCAAAUCAUCUGGAUACCGACGAUAUCGAGAAGGACUCUUCUAUUUCCGAUAAUUACAAUGUAGUUGAGAAUUCAACCCCGGCGACGGAAAGAAUUGAAUACGUGACUGUGGCGCCACGUAGAAAGCAACAACAACAGCAGUUUCUCUGUAGCCAGCAGCCACAGCAUCAGUACCAGCAGCAACAACAACAGCAACAGUCCCCCUACAACAAUAGCUUAAGUGAAAAGGAAACCGCCUCGACUAGUUCUGGUAGCAGUACUUUUAAAAUCAAUCAAGACCGUCCUGAUAUCCAGUUGAAGCUACCUUUGACUCGAUCAAAUUUUGAUCCAAGUUGCGAUCAAGGAUAUGGGUCAGAACGCUCGCCAGAGGAUGAGUUCCCGCCACCAAUGCCGCACAUGACUAACUUGAAAUAUCCUUGCGCCAAUCCUUUGGACCUGGACUGCAGUACGUGCAAUAACGCGUAUGCCUAUGACUUCAUUACGAAAGACUGUACAUUUCCUGUUCAAAUCACAAAAGGACCUCGCGGUCUAGGACUUUCAAUAUCAGGCGGAAUCGAUUCGAACGGACCAUUCCCAGGCCUAAUUCGAAUUAAACGUUUAUUCCCCCACCAGGCGGCCUGGUCCACUGGACAAUUGCAACCCGGCGAUAUAAUACUUGAAGUGAAUGGGAUCAGCCUCACAGGACUUACGAAUUAUGAAGCAUUGGAAGUACUAAGGACUAUGCCUAAUGAUGUUGUCCUCUUAAUAUGCCGACCAAACGAUGAACAGUAUCAGAAGCUAUCACCGCCAACAGAACCACCGAAGCCCCCGCAGCGUACACAGCAACAAGGAACCCAAACGACGUUAGACGAUGAAAUAUAUCCUUUGCAACCCUUGACACCACUUCAAACCAAUUUCACUGGGGAAUUCGAAAUCAUCAUGGUGAAACAACAAGGGUCUCUUGGCUUCACACUGAGGAAGGAGGACGAGUCGGUGCUGGGACAUUAUGUUCGAGCGUUGGUUCGGGAGCCGGCGACGACGGAUGGUCGUAUCAAGCCGGGCGACAAAAUAGUUGCUGUGAACGAUGUACCUUUGUCAGCAAUGACCCAUGAACAAGCUGUGAUAUUUCUACGACAAGCUGCCGAUACGGUUAAGCUUCGUUUGUAUCGGGACGAGGCACAGACUCCGGUAGCAGCCAUGUCACCCACCAAUUCCGAGAAUAAGACUAUUUGCGGGACCAUGAAGAAGACUUUCCUGAGGCCCGAAGCUAUCAACCUACUAAGCGACUUAGCCUACAAGAAGCAGACGCCAUCGGCCAAUUCUGCAGAGUCUUCAAUAAAAUCAACGAACUCUUCACCGCGACGCCUAAAACGAGGAAAUAAGACAAACAACACAGAAAUAAAUUCACAGAGUGAGCAGGACACCACUGAUUCCAAAAGUUCCAGCAAUCCGCAGUACAUUGUAUCUAGUCAGACAACGUCAGUGUGUUCGGAUUCGGAGCAGUCUGUUGCAAGUCAGUGUUCGUUUAUCGUUCAACCGGCGGAGAAUGCCGACAACGAACAUUUCAAAAUGCUCGGCGAGGAGGACAGACCGGAUCGGCCUAGUUUUCUGGACCUGACUGGACAGAGUGGCAGCACACCCAUGGUACCACGGAAACCGCGAUUCCAAUUCUCCGUUGCAGCCAACGCCUACGAGCUCAACAACUUGGAUAAUGACGCUCUGGACGCACCCAUAUAUGCUGGCAACACAACCACCCUGGAUGUUACUGCAGGAUCAUCAUCAACUGAUAACCAACUGCCGGGUCAACAUGAGUUUACAAGUUUGCCGUGCGAAACGUUCCUAAUUGCCUGCAAGACUGAAAGUGACCUUAAAAACGAGGCGAACUUUAGCCAUAAGAAUCCCCUUCACCAGUCCUUCCACGUUCAACAAAAUGACGACCUCGAACAGACGGCGACGAAAAAAGAUGGAAAUAAGAGUCUUCUCAAGUGGAAGGGUGUCGUGUUUUCGCCCGAAGAAGAAGCGGAGCUGGAGAGAGUGGAGAAAGCGACGCCUGAAGCCGGCACAAGCUGUGCUACAACAGCUGGAACAAAUCCGGCACCGACAGCUGAAAAAAACAAGGAUUUAAAGGACUUUCCAUCUAACGCCAAUGGGCAUAAGGUCAUCACCGUCGAGCUGAACAGGGGCUGGAAUAGUCGUUUGGGAUUCAGCUUGCAACCUCACCCUCAGACGCAGAAGACGAUCAUCAGCGCCAUCUAUAAUGAUAGUGUUGCCGCCCGGGAUGGUCGUUUAAAAGUUGGCGACCAAUUAUUAACGGUUAACGACGAACCUAUUGAUGGGAUGUCUACGUCAGAAGUCAUCGAUUUAAUGCGAAUUAUCCGUGGGUCAAUUGUCAUAACAGUACUUAGAAAAGAUGAUCCGCACUAGCACUAAACUAGAAAGAUAUCAUAAGUUUAAAAAGACACAUUUAAUUGUUUCCUACGGAAAUAUGUUCAAUUAUUUAUUAUGUCCCGCAAAGAGUUAGGAAAGUAACAUUCAUGCCUUAAUACACGUUGAAUGCCUAUUUACGUUCUCCCAAUUCACCCAAUCUAAUGGAAUUAUGUUCUGACGAAAGCUUGUUCAGUUUAACAAUGGAAUAUUUUGAUAAUUAAAUUUUCCUUGAAAAGCCAGCCCCCAUUUUCCCAGUUUCCAGUUUGCACCCAGCACAGGGUAUAAUCGGCCAAGUCAUUUACCUUCACUAACAAUUUUGAUUGCAGGAGGAGAAAGUAUCUUCAAAUCCGCUUAUUUCUGAAAUGAAUCUAAGUUUCCUUUCCCAAGCAUCCUGUCACAUUCGUCCAUUUGAAUUGCUGUGUGAGUUUGUACAGUAAGUGACCAUUAUUGCCGACCAAUUAGUCACUUGUAUUGAAUCAUUUCAGUCCUUUGGCUGCCCUUUGACCUCCCCCUCCCCAACCGAAACGUAAAUAACCCUGUCGAGCUAUGUAUCCAUAAAUUGUGAUAGAUGUAGGGCUUUGUGAGUAAUGUUCAACUAAAUUGUUUAUCAAUGGAGAGAAAGUUCAGCAUGGAGCGUUCCAGGACGAGAGAAGUUAGUUUCGAUGGUUUUAGGAACUCAUGGCGACUUUGCAUAGAGCGUUAUUAAAAUUCAAAGUAAACAGAGAAAAGUCAUUAUUUAAAUCCGAGAUAUUUACACAGAGUCACUUGUAUAAUUUUAUUGACAGGAAUAGAUUGCGAUUGGAGAUGUUUUCCAAUCGAUAGAGAAUCAGAGAUUUAGCAUUUGUUAUGUAACUACUGAGCGAAUAUAAUAAUAGAUCAUUUGUACUGUAAAAUAUCCUUAGGAGAAUUAAAGCGUCAUCAAUUAUUA